UAUAAGAAGACUAUUUAAAAUUACUUUCGCAUAGAGUUUAAUUUGUCUUCAACUGAAACUUGAAUGAAAAUGUGGUCGUCAUUCCUGUCUCUUUUACUGUGCAUUCAGUUGAUAAAUAGCGCUGAGGUGUCACUUUCUACCAUUCUGGAAACCUUUUACGAAAAAGCAGACUCACUGAAUAUCGAAAUGAGAUCAGAGUUAAAUUUCAUCCGUAAUUUAGAUAACAUCGAAAAAACCAUUAAAACUCUUCUAGCCCCUUUCCCGACAUUUUUAAACGACGCAAAAAUUAAUAAAUUAGUUAAAAAAGUGCCGAAGAAUAAAGUGAACAUUCGAAAUUUUUUCGACAAAGAAAUACCUUUUAUAAAUAAUCAACUGAAAAAUAUUUCCGAAUCAAGUGUGGAAAGUAUGAAUGUGCCUGCUAAAACUGACAAAUUGUUACACGAUUCAUUUGUGGCAUGGAAGCAGAAUCCGGCUCAGAGAGAAAACGUGCAAACAGUUGAAGUGAACGUAGUUCAAAAUAGACAAUCUUACGAAAAUCUUCGUAUUGAAAUCAAGGAGAAAUUGAAAGCAAUGUUUAAACUGAGAUCGGAGGGUAUUGAAGCAGAUAUUGCUUCUGGAAAUUCAUUUUACGAACAAUUCAUGCAAACAACUGAAUAUUCCAAUGAAGAAGCAACAUAUAUGAUAAAAUUAAUGGAAAUCACGCUCAAAAUACCUGCAAAAACAAAAACGUUCGUUGAAUACCUACAAGAUUUGAGAAAUCGCAUUAUACUAUACAAUAGUAAAACGUUGGAUUUCGCAGACUAUAUAAUAGGAAUGCGCGGAAGAUAUUUACGUAAUAGAAGACCAGUGAAACCAGUGAAAAAACAGAAAAAAUAGAUGAAUUUCUUGGCGUAUUUUUGGCCGCUCCACGAAAUAAAUGAAGAAAAAGUAUUUAUUUUUUGAAUAAAAUAUGCUGUAAUGUAAUAUGAAUAAAUGCAAAAAUAUUCUCAAUAACAA